AUGGCCCUUUGCAUGCCAACACCAGAGCUGACAAAAGAUGAUGAGCGCGAUGAGCUGGGCUCUCGCUGGGAUUUUCUGGAUUAUCCAGAAGACCAAGCCUGGAUCCUCUCUGCUCUGGAUGUGAAAUUUGCUGAGCAGGAGGCGCUGAUCCGGCAGCUGCUUGAGAAUGUGAGAGAACCCAAGCCAUCAAUGUACGGCUCCGUCGCGACGUUUGACAGCCAAGUGAAGGAUGACUUCUCGCCCAAGGGCCUUGCGGAUGGCACACGUGCAGCUGAGAAAAUUCCGGAGGCCUUUGACCGUGCUUGCAGCGACCUUGGCAGCGUGGCCAGUGUUGAGCUUGCGACCUCCAGCGAUCGGCAAGUUACUCCUCCUAAAGCCUUUUCCAAGGAGAGAAGAAAGUCGCGAGCGUUGGGCACACAUGUCAUGAGCGAGAGGUGGGAACCGGAUCCGCCCAUGAAGUCCUUUGUAAAAGGACCUUUGGAUGGCUAUAUGGGCAUCGUGGUCCUUGUGAACUUGACUUUCAUGAUUGUGAUGACUCAGUGGAUGGGUUCCAAAGCCAACGAAAGCCUUGGUCUUCCCAGUGAAAACCUUCCCUUCAAUGAGAUGACCUUCGAAGUGGCGGAGUACGUGUUCUUUACCUUGUACUUGCUAGAUGUGUUGGUGCGAAUCUAUAUCCUGGGCAAAGAGUGGAUCUACGACCCACGUCAAGGGAUCAUGUAUUUGAACCUCUUUGAUGCUUGCUUGGUGUGUCUCAACAUCUUUGAGCUGUUUCUCUUCCCCAUUCUGGUGGCUGGAAUCAGCCAAGAUCAGCAAUCCAACAGUCUGCGGGUGGUGAAGCUGAUGCGCAUCGUUCGGACCCUGCGCAUCGUCAAGGCCCUGGCCGUCUUCCGGCAGCUGCGCUUGUUGGUUGGCACAUGUGUGGCCAGCAUCGGUGCCUUGUUUUGGUCGAUGGUUCUUCUCUUGGUGCUCAAGUUGGGCUUUGCACUCAUCAUUUGCCGCUUGGUGCUGGAGGAGGCCGACCUCGAUGCACGGAUGGAAAUGAACACACUCUAUGGUAGUUUCCUGAAAGCUCUCUACACGAUGUUCGAAGUCACUCAUAGCGGCUCCUGGCCAGCUGUGGUGCGCCCCGUCAUUGAGAAAGUGAGUCCCUGGUAUGCCGCCUUUUUCUUGACCUACCUAACUUUGGUGGUUUUUGCUGUGAUUCGUGUGGUCACGGCGCUGUUCAUCAAAGAAACCUUAGCCAGUGCCGCGAACGAUGCAGACAUGGUCAUGGAGGACAAGCGGAGGGCCGAUAUAGAGACCAAUGCCAAACUGGAAGAGCUUUUCUUGGCAGCUGACGAGAACCAGGAUGGCAUCUUGUCCCCAGCAGAAUUUCUGGCAGCCAUGAACUUGCCCAGUGUCAAAAAUUUCUUGCACUCGAUGGAUGUGAAUAUCCGGGACAUUGGGCCUCUCUUCGAGAUACUUGAUGAUGGUGAUGGGAUGAUCACGGUGUCGGAAUUUUGUAAGGGCCUGCAGCAAUUGAAAGGAGCAGCGCGUGCCAUCGAUAUGGUUGUUUUGCAGCAUGAAAAUGCGAGAGUGCUCAAAGAAACUCAAAGCUGUCGCCAGGAUGUCCAAAACUUGACGAGUCAGCUCCGGGUUUUGCGCUCGGAGCGGAAGACUGUGGCCCGUGAGAGACGUUUUGCGGGGCAUGUAGAUCCAGACGCUGCACAAAGCAUUUUUCAGACCUGA